CAGUGGGAGAGAGCCGAUGGAGGGGAGCGAGUAGAGUAGAGUAGAGUAGCACUCCAUCUGGAGCUACAUCAUGGCGUUCUGGAGUCUCGCUAGGGUUUCGACAUCUUCCCCCCCCACCUCACCCCUUUCCCUCGUUACUGUCAUUGCCCGUUACUGCUGUGGCUUACCGUAGCACAGCAUCAUUCGCAACUGCAUCGGUGGGACGCACAUUCUGUAGCCAUUGCGGUGUGGCUUCUGUCUAUUGAGCCUCCGACGAUUUUUCUUUUAAAUUUUUUGAUGCCUUUUUUAUUUUUAUUUUAUUUUUAAUAUUUUCUCGCCCCCUUCCUACUUCCAUUUUGUUGUGGACUGCAGUUUGAAGCUCUCCAUGGGAUGGGCCGUGGCCUGGCCAUUUCUCCAAGGCUCAUGCUCGUGUGGAUUCUCUUCAUUUUGUGGGGUCCUGUGUCGAGCGGUGAUUGUGGGAGUAGCGGGUCUGGGGUUCAUUGUGGUGCCCUAGCAGCAGGGGAGAGGAGUUUCUGGGAGUAUGCUCCUGGAUUGCUGGAUGUGCUCGAGGGUUUAGUUGGAAGCAUUCGGCGACAUGUGUAGGAGUCGUUUGUGCUAGCCUUUUGGGUUGCUGAUGGGAAGAGUUCGUGGAGUGAAGGGUGGCAGAGAGGGUGCAAAUUUGGCCGCAUUUUGUGCGAAGAUUGAAUUUGCCUUGUGGAAGUGAUUAGGGCUGGUGGUCUCGAGCAUUGGUUGAGGUUUCUAUUUUUUCACGGGUUUUAGACUCUGGUAUUUUCUUGUCUUCCGUACUGUAGUGGUGUCGUCCGUCUUCUUUGUCCAGCGCGAUAGGUGAUGUCUGGAGCAACUCGCAAUCGGUUGAUUAUGGCCUUUCGUAGGGUUUUCUGGUGAUCUAUCGGGGUUCUGAGCUUUUGAGUGUUGGGUUCCUGUUCCUUGCUUUGGUUGCGGCUCUUGUGAAGCUUGUUCUAGUCAAUCAGGAUUUUCCUGCCUAUGGUUGUGCUUGUAGGACCUCGAUUUUAGUUCGCUGGGCUCCACAGUGGUGAGGAUUGGAACCUUGAAGAGACGGCAGUGCCUGGGAAUAUUUCCUAGGUUUGGAUAGGGAAGAUCCGGCGUCCCGCACCGACAAGUUUCGUAGUUUCAUCGAAGUUUCAACCAUUCAUUCCAUAUCGCUCCCGUCCUCAGCUCAAUUGCAAACUUGGCGUCACCGUACUUCGGUUCCGUGUGCACAUGCAGUAGUGUUGUAAUUAAGUACCAUUUCCUCCAGCAUACCCGAGUGACCUCUGUGUCUUGUCUUCUUAUUGUCGUGUCAACCAUUAGUCUUUGGUACUCAUCGACAUCCCACCAUCCGGCAAUUUUGUGGGGCUCUUUUAUUUGGAUCAGGCGCUAUGUUGUGAUGCCAACUUCAACGAGAUUGAAUUUGCGCCAAUCAUCCUGGUACUCUAGUUUCAACAGUUCAGAAUCUUUGCUGGGAUGUCUGUUGUAUAGUUUAGCUGCCGAUAUUACUCUCCAUUCUCCGGCGUUAUGAUUGGAUGGCGCAGAGGGCAACACAUUUGAGAAUUGCACCUGAAGCAGCUAGUUACACAGAGGAACAGGAAGUCAUUGCCUGUUUGCAACCAGAGCUUUACGAAUUUACAUCCGCACUGUAGAAUUGCAAUUUUCUUGCUGUUAGCAAUGGCAGACGUGGCCACUCGAUGUCGGAGCCAGCUGGGAUCCUUUCGAAUCAGGGAACUGAAAGAUGUCCUGUCACGAUUAGGGCUUCCCAAACAAGGGAAGAAGCAGAUUCUGAUGGACAAGAUUAUGGGUUUGAUUAAUCCUGCAGACAAACAAUCGCUAACUAAAGGAUCGAAAAGCAGCAAGAAAGUUGUUUCAAGGGAAGAAGCUAUUGCCAUCAUCGACGAGCAGUACAGAAAGCUUAGACAUUCCGGAACCGAGUCUAAGCAUAAAGUUGCUAAAUCUGGAUCGAGUAGCGGUUAUCCAUCAGCAGGCCCUGAAGAUCAUGAAGUUGUAGAAGAGACUAGAACUCGUUGUCCUUGUGGAAGUAAUGUGGAAACUGGAACAAUGAUUCAGUGUGAUAAUAAUAAAUGUAAGAUCUGGCAACACAUGGACUGUGUUGUAAUUCCUGAGAAGCCAUCGGAUGGAACUCAGCCAGAAAUCCCGUCAAGUUUUUACUGCGAGCUCUGCCGCAUAGCACGUGGUGAUCCGUUCUGUGAAGCCCAAACUCAUACCCUAAUGCCUACAAAGCUACUUUCCUCCACGGCCAAAACAGAAGGGUCCAACACUCUACAGACUAUAGAAAAGUCUUUUUUUUUAAGUCGAGCCGACCGGGAACUUCUUCAGAAACUAAAUUAUGAUUUGCAGGUGUGGUGUGUGCUAUUGAGUGAUAAAGUCUCCUUUCGCAUGCAUUGGCCUUCCUAUGCUGAUCUUCGAGUUAACGGAAUAAGUGUGCGGGUUACGAAUCGACCUGGCCAGCAACUCUUAGGAGCAAAUGGCCGCGACGAAGGACCUGGUAUCACUGUAUGUGCCAGGGAAGGAAUGAACAGGCUGAACAUGUCAGCCUAUGAUGCCCGCCCCUUCUGUCUGGGGGUGCGAAUUAUCCGCCGCCUCACCCUGGAGCAGGUUAAAGACCUUAUUCCUAAUGAGAAGGAUGGGGAGCCGUUUGAGGAGGCUAUGGCUCGAGUUCGGCGAUGCAUCAAUGGAGGGGGUGGUCAAGGUUUGGGGGGCAAUGAUGACAGUGACAGUGAUUUGGAAGUUGUAGCAGAAUCAAUCACUGUGAACUUACGCUGUCCGAUGAGUGGAUCUCGAAUCAAGGUUGCUGGCCGUUUUAAGCCAUGUCUCCACAUGGGCUGCUUUGACCUUGAUACAUGUGUGGAACUCAAUCAGCGAGCACGGAAGUGGCAAUGCCCGAUUUGUCUGAAGAACUAUUCAAUAGAGAAUCUGAUCAUCGACCCUUUUUUUAAUCAGAUUACAAAUGCGCAGGUGAGAACUAUGGAUGAGGACAUAACCGAGGUGGAGCUGAAGGCUGAUGGUUCUUGGCGUCCCAAACUGGAAGGCCAUGCCAAAAAUGGCGAAUCUUGGCGUCCACCUCCAGUCGCUGUUGGAGCAAAUAUUCACAAAGCUACGGCUGCACCUGUUUUAUUCUUCAAGCAUGUCAAAACUGAAGAGGGGAUGUCUUCUCAUGACAACGGGUUUUCCCGAUUCAAAGUAAAUCCUUCUGGUGAUUGGGCUCGGAAUGCCACGAAGCAUCUGAAUGAUGGCCCGAGUCAAAAAGUUGUUGACGCACCCAGACUUUCAAGAAGUAGCAGUGCCACUGACAGUAAUCUUAAAAUUGACGAGGAUGAGCACAGUGUGAAUCAUGAUCCGAGUGAGAAGAAUGCUGUUUCAAUGGAUGAUAAUGAGGAAGUUGAGUACUUGGCAAGACCACGGGAUGCACCUGGCGGAACGUGGCAAACCAGUGGCGAUGAUCCUGCAAAUGGAGCCGAUGUAAUUGUUCUUAGUGAUUCUGAUGAUGAUGGAGGAGAGGAAGAAGAUGUUGUGGCAUCUUCUGCUGCAUCAAUGUAUGCAGAAUCUGACGUUGGCAAUAGGAGAAUGCGUUCUCGAGAGGUUAGUCAUACGAAUGGUGAUUCAUCAGGGCUUGCCCUUGGUUUAGAAAGUACGGAUGUCACUCUUGCAAGCAACUCAGUCUGUAACCCAUUCGACCCUCCCCUGAGCACUAGAGUUGGUGUCGGUGUCUCCGAUGAAGGGACGAGCAACAACAGUGGAUUUGGCUUGCAGUCCGACAGAAAUAGUUUUUGGGUAUCCGCCGAGAAGACCAGAAAUGGGCAGUAUAGUUUUUAUGCCCCUCGAACAGAGUCUGUUAAUGUACUGCAACAUCCUCCUCCUGUGCGGCCGACACCGGUGCAAGCCCUAGCUGGUCCUGGGUUUUUGUCCGUACCUCUCGUUAGGGAUGAUGCGUCAUUGGCAUCGGGAUGGAAAAGGUAUAGUCGGCCUUAUGGAGCCACAGGCACAGAUGGCGGUAGUGUGGACAGCGACACAGAUGCUUCGCCUCUGCAAAAUUUUCUGCCAUCUCAACCAGCACGAGCUGAGGUUCAAGACAAUCUACGAGGGCCAUUUCUCCCCGAAGCUGAUGAUAUUGAUAACUCUUGGUUUUCCCUCAGUCUUGGCGGAGGAGAAAACUUGGCAGAACCAUCUCCAGCACGAAGUAAUUUACGCACUAGCUUAGAACAGCGAUCACCAAUCCCUCAACCUAGAGUCACUGCACACGAUGACACUCAUGGUAGAUCAGGACGUCUGGGUAAGCAUGGUUCGUCCCAGCGCCUAAUGGACUCACGACCCCCAGUGCGCAGUCAUUUUACCGCAGACGGCCAUCCUUUUCCAGUAAGGCCACGAAGUAGCCCUAUGCAUGCACGGAAAAAUCCUCGCCAAGUCCGGAUGGAUGAUUCGGAUGUAGAUUAGGGAUGCUCCCUGGUUGCUUUUUCUGCUGGUGGGCUGUGACCUGAGCGGUCGAAAUCAUACAUUUUGUAAUUGAUCUGCACCAGCGUCAUCUGUCUUCGUUCCGAAGAGACGGCUGUUUGCUCAGUUGUUCAGUGAGGCACAGUUAUGUUACAACUCAGAAUGGACAUCCACAACUGGCGGCUUCUGCGUUCCACAAUGCCCGGGUGGUCCUCUUCUGUCAGCAGGAUUUGAUGGGGCUUACACGAAAGAAUUUCAAUGGUGCAAGAUCACGCAAACGCCUGCAACCUGUUUUCAGGGUUGUACCCCUAGUGCUGGCAAGAAGUACGGACAGAGCGGUUAAAUGAUCGUCUCCGUACCUGUCAUGUCUUUGUAAUAUGGUAUUGUACAGUGGAAAACAGCAGACUUCAAGCUGAGAAUGUAAUUUCGGUGUACGUAACCGAGAGUGAAGGGCGAUUUUAGUUCAUUUUUUGAGGGGUGUCUUUGCAUUUAUGUCUGGUAGCUUUAUUUUUGCUUGGGCUUGUCUCAAGUGCUGCUGAAUGAAUUUUCAGGCGGAGAAAACUACGAGUUUGAAGGGGACCAUAGUGCAGGUUGUUUGACUGGAAGGAAAAUUUCAGUGAUGUGAAUUUUUCCAGGCCAGUCCAAUAUAUUUUUUCUUCUCAAUUAUAUCUCCCUGCUUCGUAGCACUUAGCUUCAGUGAAGCUUUUUGGAAAGCACAGAUUCAUGUUACAUUUGUUGUAGUUAGAGAAUCAUACGAUCAAUUGUGGAAAAACUACCAGUGUUGCAUCAAGUCGUGACACUCAUGUACUCUUUUGCUUUAACAUUAUACUUGACGAAAUGUCUCAUUACGAUGAGUCACAUCCCACCCAC